UCCUAAUUUGAAUCGCGUUUCAAAUUUUUUUUUGAAUGUGUUCCACCAUUCUAUGGCAUUGUUUCCAGCCACCAGUGGCAUUUUGGAGCUAGAGCAGGCAGUGGAGGAUCUUGAGCAGCACCAGCGCGAUGCAAAUCCUUCCACAUACGCACUUAUGCUGGAUUGGUGCGUCAGGUUGGGUGCUCUGGAAGCGGGCAAACGAAUCCAUCGCCAUUCCGUGGAGUGUGGAAUGGGCAAGAACAGGUUUGUGGAGAAUCUCCUCAUCAACAUGUAUGGGAAGUGUGGUGCUCUGGAGGAAGCCCGGAAAAUUCUUGACAGGAUGGAGGAUUCUAAUGUUUUCUCCUGGACAAUCAUGCUCGCAGCUUAUGCCCAGAAUGGGCAUCUCGACGAUGCUCUUGAGUGCUUUUGGAAGAUGGAGCUUGAGGGGGUGAGAGCCAACCGUGUGACAAUCAUCAGCGCACUGGGUUGUUGCAAGAGCUUCUCUCGAGGGCAGUGGUUUCAUUCUCGGAUCAAACAGGAGGGAUUUCUUCCGGAUGACGUGAUGAUCCAGAAUGCUCUCGUCAGUCUCUACGGCCGAUGCUGCGAGGUGGAUCAAGCGAGAUCGGUCUUUGAUGAGAUUUGUAACAAAGAUUUGGUGUCCUGGACUGCCAUGAUCUCGGCUUUCGUCCAGAACGGGCAUCCAGAUCGUGCGAUGGUGUGCUUUUGGAGCAUGCAAGCUGAUGGGGUCAAGCCUUGCCGUGUGACGUUUAUCACCAUUCUCGAGGCUGUGAUGGAGACGAGGGAUGCGAGAGUUUGCGAGGAAAUCCACCUCCAGAUCAUCGAGACCGGACUAGAGAAAGACGACAAGCUCCUCAACUUGCUCGUAAGAUCUUAUGGGAAGUGUGGGGACAUGGAAAAGAUGAAAGAAAGCUUUGAGAAGCUGGACGAAAAAAACGUUGUCUCGUGGUCCGGAACGAUAGCAGCGUUUUCUCAGAACGGAUACUUCUGGGAGGCGAUCAGGCAGCUCCAGAAAAUGGAUCUGGAAGGAGUACAGGCGAACGAGGUAACUUUUGUUAGCAUCUUGGAUGCUUGUGCUUGGACUGAUAUUUCUUUUUCUUCUUCUUUUGCUGCAGCAGGAUCGAAGCUCAUAAUCGCAAUCACCGAUCGCGUUCUAGAAAAUGGUUUCCAUCAGCAUCCGGUGGUGGCGACUGCGCUUGUCAACUUGUUUGGCAAGUUGGGAAGGCUAGACAGCGCAAAAAGAGUUUUUGAUUUGUCUCACGCGAAGAGGGACGUUGUGUCCUGGAACUCGAUGCUGUCUACGUGCUCCCAGAACGAGCAGGGAAUUCAAGGCACUUGGGAGCUGUUUCAGCAGAUGGAUUUAGAAGGUUUCCAGCCGGAUCCAGUAACUUUCGUCACGCUCCUCGACUGUUGCGCGAGUUUUGCAGAUCUGAGACGGGGGAGACAAGUUCACCAGUGUGCCGUGGCGAGCGGAAUGGAUUUGCUUCCCACUGUGGCGAACUGCGUCGUCAAUAUGUAUGGUAAGUGUGAUGAUUUGGAGGAGGCAAGGAGUGUUUUCGAGAGCUUGAGUUACGGGCGAGACGUGGUUUCAUGGAAUGUAAUGCUCUCCAUUUACGUGCAGGCAGCAGGAGAAAACGAUUCUAGUGCCAGCAAAGGUAGAGACGUGUUUGAGCUGCGAAGGAGAAUGGAUAUGGAAGGAGUGAAGCCAAACGCUAUAACUUUGAUCAGCAUGGUCGAUGCUGCAGCUGUUUGGGAGGAAAUUGAAGAAGGCGAGUUUCUUCGUUCCCGCAUUAUCGAAUCUGGCUAUGGCUCUAACGUUGCCGUGUGUAACAGCCUCGUCAACAUGUAUGGGAAGUGCCACAGCUUGGGAAACGCAAAGGAGGUGUUCUGGAGCAUGGAAGAGAGAAAGAACGAGAUCUCUUGGAGCUCUUUAGUGGCGGCCUAUGCUCAAAACAAUCAAGCAACCGAAGCUAUGAAACUCUUCCAACACAUGGAUUUGGAAGGCCUGAAGCCGGACAGGGUGACCUUGAUCAGCGUCCUCGACGCUUGCGGGGACUUGAGAGCGUCAAAGCAAAGCUCGCAAAUCCACGCUCGAGUUUUGGAAGCAGGCCUGGAGCGUGACGUGGUUGUAGCGAAUGCUCUCGUCAGCAUGUAUGGCAAGCUCGGUAGGCUCGAGCAAGCAACCGUGAUCUUCGAAACAAUGGGGGAGAAAAGCGUCAUCUCGUGGAACACAAUGGCGGUGGAGCUCGCUAAGGCCGGGCGCUGCGAAUCGGCGCUGGAAGCUUUCCGGGGCAUGUCACUGGAAGGAUUGGAGCAAAGCAGCAGCAGCUUGGUGGCGGUGUUGUUUGCGUGCUCUCACGCUGGCCUGGUGGAACAAGGCAGGGAAAUCUUCCUGUGUGUGCUGGAGGACAAGCCUGGCGACGAUCCAAUGCCGAGAGCCGAGCACUAUGGCUGCAUGGUGGAUCUCUUGGGGCGAUCGGGAAGGCUGGACAAGGCCGAGGAGCUCAUCGAAAACAUGCCAUUUGUACCGGAUUGUGUAGUAUGGAACAUGCUGCUCGCGUCGUCCAAGAGCUAUGGAGAUGUCGAGAGGGGCAAGCGCGCAGCCAACGAAGUUCUCGCCAUCGCAAAAUCCAUGCCCGGGAAGAAGGGACUAAGCUCCACUAACGACUCGCCUUAUGUGGCACUGGCCAGCGUCCUGGAGGGAAAGCAUUGAGCCUAUGCUUCCACUGAGAUUUGAACUCAGGACCUCCCGCUUACUAAACGGGUGCUCUGACCAGCUGAGCUAUGAAAGCUUAACAUUUAUAACCAUGAUAAAUGUCUUUAAUA